UUAAAUCGUUCUGAGUACAUCAGCUUACCAUACAUGUAUACAAAAUAAAUAUACAGGCAUAUGUGGAAAAUAAAGGCUUGAAGUUCUUACACUUUUUUACUUUAUAAUUUUUUUUUUUGUGUUCAUUUCUUGUUGAUUGCGAAAUAAUUGAUUGCCAGAGCGGAAGAGCCGUACUUUUUUUCCCCUCUUUUCUUUUUUAUUUUAUUUUUUUAUUCCCUGUUUUCCUUGAAUUUAUAAAACCCAUUGGUUGUCAUCGGUGGUCAUGAGCAUCGAGCCAAUGCUGCAUGCACCUGUCAUAGUGGAUCAACCUGUACCAGAAUUAUCAUUGAGUGAGCAUGACGAAUUAAGAGCAUAUAUCCAGCCACCGUCCUCACCGUCACCGGUAUCUCCUUCUAAACAAAUUGAGAACCAGCAGCAAGGUGAAAACACGGGCGAAUUCGACCACCACCAACUAUUUAUUACACACAAUAACACACCGUCCCUGGAACAAAUUCAAGAAGAGGACGAUUUCUUUUUCCUUCAUCCUAGUGCAGGCGCGACUCAUGAGGGCGAUCCUCACAACACUGUUUCAGCAUUGUAUGGCGACACCAGAAAUCAGCCGGCUGUCUUUAUGUUUACCUCUUCAGAGGAAUCUCCGCUCCACGACGAAGUAGCGGAACUGGAAGAAGACGAUGACUAUGACCAUACCCUCGUGGAUGCUACCUUUGAUUUAGCCAGUCGAACGUUUUACGCCACUUGUCACAAAUUUGCUCGUCAAAACUACCCAGAGUAUCGCCGACGAUCGGCUUACUCCUUUUUGGAAAACUGGCUUUUGCACAGUAUGUACAGCAAAUCACAGCAGAUCUUACUCGGUAUUCCUCAGGUGAAACCUACCGUAUUACUAACUGGCGACGACUUUAUGUUCACUCCACCGUUGAUGCAUCAUCGACAGUUGGAGGGGGAUGCUAUUCAGCUGGAUUGGGACGAUCAAGAGGACGACGGACACUACGAUGUCGAUACCGAGCAUGCCCAUUUAAUGGCUUUGGAGAACAACGAUGUGAAGGUGAUGGCAACGCCAUCGCCCGAGGACGAUGAAGCAAUGGAUAUGUCAUAUACCCUUAAUCCGGUGAUGAUGGAUGAGAAUACGUGGAUGGGAAUCAAUCGCAAUCAACAAAAGCUCGUAUUGCAUGUGGUGAACGCUGAUAUACCCGAAGAUGAAUAUACCCAGCCUAUUCAGGCGAAAGAGUUACCAUCCGUUCCUGAUGGUUCAUCAUGUCCUGUGGCAACAGAACACAGUAGUUCUCGCGAUGGUUCAAUCGUAGAAAAAUGUAUGGAAGAGAACCCAGAGAACGACGAUUCAGGCCACACUGCUAGCUUGAAUGUUGGCAUCACCAUGUCACCCGAACUUGUCGACUGGUAUCGAUCGGCGAAUCCACGGAAACCUCUACAUGUAUCGGAAUCGGCGACAUGCGACGAAGCGAUAUCCAGAUCACCACCUGCUGUAUUGUCUCCACCGGUGGGGAGCGAUAAGGGUAAAUGCAUGCCGACUCCGAACGUUACUUUGCCAUCGAGUGCCGAAGUGGCAUCGAAUUCGGCCGUCGAUAUGGUGGAAAAGUCGCUUUCUACACAAUGUAACGGUACGUAUCAAUCGUUGAGCGAAAUGGUGACGGAUGAAUCGCCGUCGGCAACCCUUCGUGGCUGUGGAGCGAUGGACGGUGACUCCAGUACGUGUACAAUGGAAUCUACACGAUUUGUUCGAAUGUCAUGGCAAGACCAUUGGCAAGGCCGACUCGCAUCAUUUUCCGGGACAUUGGUGGAUACAGCCAAAUACGCUUUGGAACUGGCAGAGGCGUAUGCGGAUAGCCAGGAUGCGGAGCUUCACGAUAACCAUGAAACCGAGGAUCUUCAUUUCAGAAAAUCCAAACCAAAGCCUCGUCUCGUCACUUGUAUCUUUCGUGUUUGGACUACCUUGUUCGUAGGGGCCGAAACCAUGCUGGUUUGGAUGACCAUACCACAGCGACACUGAAAAAGUGGCUGGCGAUGCAUUCUAUUACCUGCAUGGAUUGUCGAUGAUCCAUUGAUUUGGGGAUAUUCCUGAUACCCUUGCUUCCGUUACAAACCGUUCUUUGAUGACCGUUGACAACCGGGUCGACAUAUUUAUACACACGCACACACACACACACAC